UCAAAUGGAACAUCAUAGACGAAAAUCAAUUUCUGAAGGACUUCAGCAUGGAGUUCGAAGGAUUUCUGAGGGAUUUCUACAUAUGACCAAUGCAGAUCGAAUGCUUGAUCUACACGAUAUUGGAAUGCACAAUGUGCAAUCAGAAUAUCAAUUAGUAUCAAAAUGGGAUGAAGCUGAAGAAGCGUUGGGACCUCAACGAAAAAUGUCAUUUAUAGAAAGAAAAGAAAAAAUCUCUUCUAAAUUUGCUUUAAUCAACUUAAUGAAGGGAAUGCUUGGAGCUGGUUGUUUCUCAGUUCCCUUGGCAUUCAAGCAAUCUGGAUAUGUGAGUGGACUUGUUAUCAUUGUUGUACUUGGAUUUCUAUGCGCCCUUUGCAUGAUAAAAUUGGUGAAAUGUGCUGGUUACCUGUCAAAAGUAAAUCAGUCAGCUCCAUUGGAUUAUGGAAAUAUGGCAUACAAAGCUACCCAAGCCAGUUAUACUCCAAUUCGUAAAUUAGCUCCUGUUUCAAGAGCACUGGUGAACUCCUCUUUAUGUAUAUUACAGCUUGGUAUAUGUUGUUGUUUCUAUAUUUUUGUGGUUUACCAUUUGCAUGAGCUUCUCGAAUUUGUAAUGAAUGAUGUUCCAAGUCGUGCAACUCUAUUUCCAAUGGUUCUUCCUGCAUUUAUUCUUUUAGUUUCCCUUUCUUCAAUGCGUGCUUUAUCUCUUGUAUCUCUUGGUGGAAACUUUCUUAUGUUGAUUGCAUUGGCUGUUAUCAUGUUUCAACUUCUCACGACUGAGCACAAAAAGCUUGCCGAUUUGCCUCCAGUGACUGAUCUUAUGGGAAUUGUCAGUGCUGCAGGAACAAUUCUUUAUGCAUUGGAAGGACAGGCAAUGGUUCUUCCAUUGGAAAAUAGAAUGAAAAAACCAGAAGAUAUGAAGGGACCAUUUGGAGUUCUCAGUGUGGGAGUUGGAAUGGUUGUAGUCAUCUACUCGUUUGCUGGUUUCUUUGGAUUUUUGACUUAUGGGAAUGAUGUUCAGGAUUCGAUUACUUUAAAUCUUCCAAAUGAUCACCUCGGAAUAUUUGUGAAAGCAGUUUUACUUUUUGUAGUCUACUCAGGAUUCCUAAUUCAAGUAUUUCCAAUUGUUGCAAUGAUUUGGCCAGCAAUUAAGAAGAAGCUUCGAACAACUUGUGGAGUAUCUACAACUACAAAAAGAAUUGUUCAUUUUGCAUUCCGAUAUUCUAUUGUGAUUGUUGUUUUUCUUCUGUCAUACGCAAUUCCACGUCUUUCUGAUAUGGUUCCACUUGUUGGAGUGACUGCUGGAAUGCUCCUUGCUCUUGUUUUCCCAUCACUUUUCCAUCUUCUCAUAUUCCUGCCACAGUUUGAAUGCCGUAUUGGUUUCCUUUUUGAUAUAUUUCUUGAUUUUGUGUGCAUUAUUCUUGGAAUGUUCUUUGUCAUUUAUGGAUCCAUAACUCAUGUUCAACACCUGAUGCAUUAAUCUUUCAUCGGGUCAUCCAAUUAUAUUUCUCUUAUUUCUCCUCCGAUUAAAUGUACAUUUAAUAAAGUUGAUUUGUGGAA